UAUCGUCUUUCUCUCUGGUUUCCUCCAUUGGAAACUAAACUAAGCUUCCUUUUUCCAGCUUUGUUUUGAGGUCCCUCGCAUCUCUUCCAAUACCCACCAACCAUUUUUCUAACAUUUUCCCCUUUUCCUCUCUCUCUCUCUACAUUUUUGCUUGAAAGAUUGGAUUUUUGUCUGGCUUUUUCUUGCCCAUUUCCUUUUAUCAUUUGUUGAAUUCUUUCCAUUUGUUUUGGACCACUUGGAAUGACCACAACAUGAACAAAACAAAAUUGGGUUUCUUCUCUUAAACCACUUGGAUGCUAAAAUGUAGGAAUGUGUUGAAAUUUUGAUCAUGCAUACAAGAGAUUGAAUAUAAUUUUGUGUGUUAAAAGUCCUGGAAGAUCAGCGAUGUCGUCUCGGGAUGCCUUAAAUGCUGAGUUAUCAGAGAAGACACCAUUUUUGGGUCUAAAACUUUGGGUAUUGAUUGGUUUAUCUGUUGGGGCAUUUAUCUUGUUGAUUCUUGGCAUCUUAUCUGUAUGGGUUACAUUUCGGAGGAGUAGACGACCCCUAGACAAGUUCUUGCUCUCUCAAAUACCGAAUGACUCAAAGGACAUCAAGGUUGACAAGGUUGGAGUUGAGGGCUUCAGUGAUCAUCCGGAAAAUCAAGUCAUUUCUGUUCAUGAUAAAACCAGCGAUAAGAAAUCGGAGAAAAUGUUAGCUCUUCUGGGGACGAGCAAAUCGAGUGAUCCUGAUAAUAUCAGUCAAUGCAGCUCGAUUUAUCAUCAUGAAAGAGGUUUUAGUUUGCAUUCAGGAGAAGAAGGCAGCUCUGGAACAGUCCGAGAUCAGUCUGCAUUGCUGUAUGGAGGACUAGUGACUGCCUCUCCCUUAGUUGCCUUGCCAGAGAUUUCACAUCUCGGGUGGGGUCACUGGUUUACUCUUAGGGAUCUUGAUCGUGCAACAAAUCAUUUUUCAGGGGAGAAUGUUAUUGGAGAGGGCGGAUAUGGGAUGGUUUACAAGGGUAUACUGAUCAAUGGAACUGAAGUAGCAGUUAAAAAGCUUCUUAAUAAUCUGGGACAGGCAGAGAAAGAAUUUAGGGUUGAAGUGGAGGCUAUUGGUCAUGUUCGACAUAAGAAUCUUGUGCGGCUUUUGGGCUAUUGCAUAGAAGGAGUUCACAGGAUGUUGGUAUAUGAAUAUGUGAAUAAUGGUAACUUGGAACAAUGGCUGCAUGGGGAAAUUUGGCAGCAUGGUACACUUACUUGGGAAGCUCGGAUGAAGGUUAUUCUUGGUACUGCCAAGGCGCUUGCUUAUUUGCAUGAAGCAGUAGAACCGAAAGUUGUUCACCGGGACAUAAAAUCAAGUAACAUCUUGAUCGAUGAUGAAUUUAAUGCCAAGGUUUCUGAUUUUGGGCUCGCCAAGCUCUUGGAUUCGAGAGAGAGUCAUAUCGCAACUAGAGUUAUGGGGACUUUUGGUUAUGUGGCACCAGAAUAUGCUAACACGGGUUUGUUAAACGAGAGGAGUGAUACUUACAGCUUUGGUGUCCUCCUACUUGAAGCUGUCACUGGAAGAGACCCUGUCGACUAUGAGAGAUCUGCUAAUGAGAUCAACCUUGUUGAGUGGCUGAAGAUUAUGGUCGGAACAAGGAGAGCAGAGGAUGUUGUGGAUCCAAAUCUCAAAGCUAGACCGACAACACGUGCUCUUAGACGUGCCCUUUUGGUGGCACUUAGAUGUGUUGACCCGGACUCAGAUCAACGGCCUAAAAUGAGUCGGGUUGUACGGAUGCUUGAUGCUGAUGACUACCCAUUUCGUGAGGACCGGAGGAACCGAAAGAGCCAAACAGCCAGCAUGGAAAUCAUCGAGAAACAUGAUGGAGACGACUCGUGAGUCAUAGAGACGGACGAUAAUGGCAUGACAUGGUGAAUAAUUGCCUUGUAUUUAAGGCUUUCAGCGACACAAAUCACAAAUUCAACAACCAGCUUAUUAU